AUGAUCCGCUUGGACUUCUGGCUACUCCUUUUGAUCGGAAUUGUUUCUUGUCGGACCGUUCUGAAGUCCAAAGGUCGGAAACUCAGUGAGCAGGAGAACAAUGACCUUUUCGAUAAUUGCGGUCAAUUCGUGCCAGGUCAGUUCUUUUCAAUAUUUUACAAAAUUUAAUCCGAGUUAGAUUCAAAACAGACUCAGGCGAUUCCUGGCUAAGGUAAAAGUCGGGAAGUAUCUGAUUUUUUGGUUCCUCGGAAGGCGUUUAGAAGCUUCCCAGUGAGUGGUCUAACCUCUUCAACUUCCCAAGAUCUUCUACUUAGAAAAAAAGCCUGCCGGGAGCCCUCCGGAAGCUUUCCAGCAGGCUUCUGGAACGCUUCUGUCAGGCAUUUUACAUUUUACAUUUUCAACUACCUUCUGAAAACCUUCCCAAGACCUACUCAAGACCUUCUAGCUUCCACUCACCUUCCAAUCUCCUGCUGGUUAUCUUCCCAACACCUUCCCAGGAUUUGCCUGAAUGGGAAGGUAACCAGCAGGAGUUUGGAAGGUGAAUGGAAGCUAGAAGGUCUUGAGAAGGUUGCUGGAAGGUUUUGCGAAAGUAAAAAAUGAAAAUGCCUGCCAGAAGCCUUUCAGCAGGCUUCUGGAAGGUUAGUGCAAGGCAUUUGACCACUUGCUGGAAACCUUCCAAGCGCCUUCCGAGAAACCGAAAGCAGAAGCUUCCCAAAUUCCCUGAUUUUCACCCCCGGUUGAACUUUCGAUGAAACUGCACAAGGGUACUUUCGGACCUCCUGAUUCCAGAACAAGAAGAAAAUUUCUCGUAAUAGAUCUUGUUUUCCAGUGAAGACGCUUCAAAAGCUCAGAAGAGCGCUUUUUUGUCAUAAGUUGCGUAUUUUGCGAACUUUGAAGCUCCAUAACUCAGAAACAAAAUAUAUUUCGAGAAAUUUUGGUUUUGUUCUGGGAUCAGAGGGGUCCUAAAGUACACUUCAGCAAAGUUUCAGCAAAAGUUCAACCGGGGGGGGGGGGUGUAAAAAUCGUUCCCUGGUCAUAUUCUAUAUGGUGAGAUAUUGAAAAAAAGAAAAAAAAAGUGAAAGGUUUGACCCAAAAAUCGCUCUUUUUUGACAAAUUCUGAAUAAGGGCAUCCAAAAUCAUUCGAGGUAUCAUGACUUCAUUAGAACCCAAAAUAUCCCCUUUAAAAAGAUUUAUCGAUUUCUGAUAUCCACACAUCUUUUACAUGAACUUAUACCAAAAAAACUACAGGACACAACGAGAAUCCGAUGGAGAGAAAGUCCCUUUAUGGGAGAAUGGUACAGCGUGGUCAAGCUCCCUGGGCAGCUUCCAUUAGAAUAGAUGCAGGUUAUUUUAUCAUUUUUUAAAUAAUUAAGCGGUUGGGAAUCUCCUGGAAAUGAAUUCCUCGAAAUCCUGGAAGUCUCGACUUGUCCGGCUUCCUAAUUUUUGAGAAAGAACACUUCAAAAUUAAAGAAAACCCUCAAAAUUGGUUAAAAGAGGCUAUUCCGAGCCUUCCUUUCUCAAAAAUAGAAAAAAAAAUUGCGAAUAGACACUUCCAGGGUCUGCCACUGGCACAUUAGGAAAUAUUCUAACUGAUUUUUUUUUAGGUUUCACGACCACAAAGUAAGAUCAAGUACAGACUAUAAUAAGCUCCUUUUUUCCAGGAAAAUACGUCAGUGUAGGAAGCGGAACUCUAAUCUCACCGCGACAUGUCCUCACAAGUGCUCAUCUUAUAAGCACAUCGAAAAUCGACUGUGAAAACCCGUAGAUUUCCCCGAAUUUUUUUUAUUCGAUCAAAUACUUCCAGUGAAAACAACGAGUACAGCACGAAAGUCGAAAAUAUCUCCGUGCUUCUGAACGUUUCCUGUUCAACUGAUGAGCUGUGUAAAACAUUGAACAGAACCGAAAAUCUACGUCCGUUAACUGUCAAAAGAGUAUAACGCUUUCUAUACCUUCGAUUACCUUUUUUCUUCAUUUCAGGUCUACAUCCAGAGAAAUUACUUUGAUCGCCACUGUUUUAAAAAGAUUCCAAAAGACGUGGCCAUCUUGGAACUUUCCGAAGACGUCAAGUUUUCUUCCGACAUGUAUCCUCCCUGCAUUCCAACAGGUAGAAACUUUGAAAAAGCGUUCAUAUUCAAGAGAAUUCAGAAUACCCCACAAAAGGCAAUGAAGCUACUCUUUAUGGUUUUGGAACCGAUCGUGAGUUUUUCUUCGUGUUCCUGAGAAACUUUUGAGGGUCCCUAUUUCGCCCACUAUAGGGGUCAUUUUAACAACAAACCCCUAUAGGGACGCCUAACAUGGAAGGUCAUUUUUGUGUAGGGUUUGGAAUUUUCUGAAAAUUUGCUCAAACAAUCUUUGAUGGACUUUGAAUCGAUUCCUCAUAGUCGCUAUCUGCGCAAACUUUUCGUUUUGGAGAUAUGAUUUUUCAAAGUUUUUGUCCUUAAACACGGGACAAUGUUCGGAAGGAAUGUGUCCGCAGCAUAAGUCAUUGCAUGGCAGCUAGGAGCGUGGUGCGCAGUAGCCUGCGAAGCCUAUGAUGAAGUUUCGAAUCUUUUUGCGGCUAUCGUUUUUCGCCAUUAUUUUGACGGAUUAUGAUCGGUCAUAACUUCAAGAAACUUUCAAAAAAAUUUUUUUGUGAUAAAAGUUAUUUUUGGAAGAAAAUGCCCAUCGAACGGUUUUGGAACGUUUUUAAUCAUGAAAUUUAGACAUUUUCGUCAUGAUCCGUCAAAAAAAAAAAAACAAUGGCAAAAAACGAUAGCCGCAAAACGAUUCGAACCUUCAUCAUAGGCUUCGCAGGCUACCGCGCUAGCCACUGCCUCACGCUCCUAGCUGCCAUGCAAUGACUUGUGCUGCACACACAUUCCUUCCGAACAUUGUCACGUGUUUAAGGACAAAAGCUUUGAAAAAUCAUAUCUCCAAAACGAAAAGUUUGCGCAGAUAGCGACUAUGGGGAAUCGAUUCCCAGUCCAUCAAAGAUUGUUUGAGAAAAUUUUCAGAAAAUUCCAAACCCUGCGCAAAAAUGACCUUCCAUGUCAGUCUAACCUUUUUUAAGCAUUUUAACUUUGAAUAUUCAAAAAAACUUUUUAGCGUCCGCACCGAUAGAACUGAAUAGCGGAAUUUUGAAAUCUAUUAACACUGUGGUGAGAAGCUUGAUUAACUUAAUCCUUAAGAAAAAUAUAUAUAGGUACAAGCCAACUGUGGCGAUGAGGAGGAUACCGAAGAUUCCUUCAUGAUUUGUACUAAAACCAAGGACAGCUCGUUAGCUUGUAGCGUAAGUUUGUCUCUUUUCAUUUUGAUUGAGAAUUUCAAUAUUUAGGGGGACAGUGGGUCAGGUCUAAUAAAGUAUAGUCCCACUGGAAAUGAUACCAGAAAAGCCGAGGUCAUCGGAAUUCUCACCGAAGGUGAAAGUUGCAAUAACGUCCGCUUACGUCACAUUGGCGACGACCGAGGUUACUUUAUUUUUUCCCGAAAGAUUAUCUUUUUUUUUAGCUGACAGACCGCGGAAAAUUUAUCGGGAUGUUCUGAUGAGAGUUGCCGACUUCAACGAAUUUUUCUGCGACUGUUGCGGAAUCUGCGGACCGGGCGUGGAGAUAGUCGAAGAGAGGACUUACGUUGUCUUAGAAUGA